AUGCAGCCAGAACCAAAGGAAUUUCAGGUGCCACUGGAAGAUACAAGAAAUUAUUUUAUACUUGAACAUUUGGUAACAGUGAGGCCUUGGAAAGAGGGGAAAACUGAAUCAGACUACCAAAAACUGACUGAAUCAGACUACCAAAAACUGACUCAGAUUCCAAAGAAACAUGGAAAAAAAAUAGGGGGUAACUCUCCCCAAGAAAAUUCAAAUAUUACUACAAUAAUGAACUUUGUUCUCUUGAGGUUUUCUAAUACUCCAAAUCUCCAACAAAUUGUGUUUGAUAAAUUUUUACUCAUUUAUCUGACUAUGUUGGUGUGCAACGGCAUUAUAAUAUUAAUAACAAAAAAUGACCCUGCUCUCCAGACUGCCAUGUACUUUUUUCUUGUCCAUUUUUCUUUUUUGGAAAUAUGUUAUGUAACAGUAAUUCUUCUGAGAAUGCUCAUGGACCUUUGGGCUCAGAAGGGACAUAUUGCUUUCUUUGCCUGUGCUACACAGAUGGGUUUUUUCCUUAUGCUUGGGGGUACAGAGGACCUCCUGCUUGCAGUGAUGGCCUACGACUGCUAUGCAGCCAUUUUUAACCCUCUUCAUUAUGCUCUAGUGAUGAACCACAAAGUCUGCAUCUGGCUGGUGGCUGCCUCCUUGAUCACUGUAGUUCCAGUUGUCAUCAGGGAAACAUGGCUGAUUUUCUCCUUGCUCUUUUGUGCAUCUCACACAAUAAAUCACUUCUGUGACAUCCUUUCAAUACUCAAGCUUGCUUGUGGGGACACAUUUGUUAAUGAGACAGCAGUCUUCAUAGCUGCAGUUGUGGUGGUGUUCAUCAUGGCCCCUUUUCUGCUGAUUGUUGUCUCCUAUGGUAAAAUUAUCUACAACAUUCUGAAAUUGUCAUCAGCUGGAGGAAGGUCUAAAGCCUUCUCCACCUGUUCUUCUCACCUGACAGUUGUAUUGCUAUUCUAUGGGACAGCUACCAUCACUUAUUUACAACCCAAACCCAGUCAGUCUGAGAGAAUGGGGAAGCUAAUCUCUCUUUUCUACACUGUUUUCAUUCCAACUUUGAAUCCCAUCAUAUAUACUCUGAAGAACAAAAAUAUCAUGACAGCACUGAGAAAACUACUAGCUUAG